AUGGAGUUUCUCCAUCGCUACAUGUCUGAGCGCCCACCUAUACAUGGCACGUCUCUACAAACGUGGGAGUACUGGCUCCUGAGCUGUCUUGACGAUGAGUAUUUGCUGUCACAACGGUGGGGUCCCGAGGCCAUCUGGCUACCACUACGGAGUAGGUUCGCCUGGGGAAAGAAAAGUGUCCGUGCGCUCAUCCAAAACAUCUCACGUCCCAUCAACACCUGUGCCCGAGUUUCAUCCCUUUCGGAAACACAAUCGCGCCCAAGGGAUACGUCCACGACGCCCUUUGCCUCCCCACCUCUCAAACAGCGCGACUACGGUCCUCGGCCACAACAGGAUGCGGCGCGAGUAGACCGUGGCUGA